AUGUUCCAUCACGCUAUCACGGCCUACCUGCAAGCAACACCCAACGAUGAACAAUUUGUUCUUAUCAAGAAAUUGCAAGGGGAAUUCACAGCUCCCAACGACGCCUACCCGGAGUGGAUUUCGUUCGAGGAAAUUGUCCAAGGGAAAUCCACAACGCCCAACGACGCCUACCUGGAGUGGAUCCCUUUCGAGAACUUUGACGCUGCCGACUCAGAAACUGGCAGAUACUUUUUAUACGGUCUACCCACAACGACCUAUAAAAAGAUGAGUCUGAUUCCAGUUGAG